AUGGCUGCAGAGCGUGAGGAGAAGGCCCUUGGAUACAGGGAAGAGAGCAUCUCAAUCAACGUAUCGCUCUCCAUUGCCACCUGGGCUGACUUGGUCGGCGAUGCCGUGCGUCAGCUUCUCUGGGCCUCCCCCACUUUGCGACAGCCUCUGGUGGGUUUGGACUGCAUGGAUCCGUCGCACGUCCGACAAACAGUAGGCCAGAAGCUCAAGGAAGCAAAGCGGGACUUCAACAAAUUGACGGCUGAAGAUCUUCUUCCAGCAGCCAUGCUCGAAUCGCCCAGGCAGGCGCAGAGCUUCCGCUUCGGUCAGUUAGCCAGCCUGGUGGAGCUGCCGGAAACCGACUCAGACUCUGACGAGGAGGAGGACCUCCCCAAGAACGCGAGGAGGUAUGCCUUGCAUAUCAACUUUGGCAACGAGGACGUGGGCUCGUGGAUUCGUGUGGUGUUCGUGGCCCCAAGCCCGGCUCUUCGCACUGCGAUGGCAUGGCUUGCAAAGCGACAGCUUGCCGCACGCUGGGCACUUACAGCUGUUUUUGUGGAUUCCAGGCUUCCCAAAAGGGCAUGA